AUGCGAAAAUACGGUUCGUGGCUCAAAAAAAAAACAACAGACAAACUGACGGCAAUAUGGGCUACUGAAAAAUCGACAACACAUCAAGACAGAAAGGCAGAACCAAGCAGCGAAGUGCCUGUACUAGUACUUUUAACAGGGGGCUAUCAUUACUUAGGACGUGAACUUACUAACAGCUGCAGGACUACACGACUCUUUUUAUAAGUACUCAAGUCAAAACAUCACCUAGAUUAGAAAUGCAUAUAUAUA